AAGCCUACGCAGGCCAGUCUACAGCAAGAUGUUCCUCCGAGCAAACGCCGUUCUGAUCGCCAUCGGGCUUCUGUUCCUGCUGGCCAGCCCCAGUCCUAGUGGGGCAGCGCCGGAGUGCCUGCGCGGCCCGGAGCAGUGCCGGGAGCGUAGUAUGCAUCCGGAUCUGCCGGAGCCGAAGCGAACCAUCCGUAAGGUGGAUGGCGAGGAGACCAACGCCUUCUGGCGGGAGCAGGGCAUGGAGUUCAUCAGGAAGCAGCUGGCCUCAGAGCCGAACAAGCGUCAGGCCAAGAACGUGAUCCUCUUCAUUGGCGAUGGCAUGGGUGUGACCACAACCUCUGCGGCCCGCAACCUAAUCGGGGGCGAGGAGAAGUCCCUCUCCUUCGAGAACUUCCCCUACACGGGCCUCUCGAAAACCUACUCCGUGGACAAGAUUGUCCCCGACUCGGCGUGCACGGCCACCGCAUAUCUGUGUGGAGUCAAGGGCCAGGAGGGCACCAUUGGCGUCAACGGAGUUGUGAACCGCACCGACUGCACGUCCAUGCUGGACGAGAGCACCCACGUCGACUCGAUCGCCAAGUGGGCCAUGGAUGCGGGCAAGUGGGCGGGUCUGGUGACCACCACCCGCGUGACCCAUGCCUCUCCCUCCGGCGUCUACGCCCACAUUGCCGAGCGGGACUGGGAGAACGACGCGGAGGUGAUCUCCGACUGCGGCGCCGACUCGGGCAUCCAGGACAUCGCCUACCAGCUGGCGCGCGGCGAGGUGGGUAGCAAGCUGAAGGUGAUCCUUGGCGGAGGACGCAAGAACUUCGUGGACUCCACUCUGUCGGAGGAGGGGAAACGCACCGAUGGCCUCGACCUGAUCGAGGAGUUCAAGGCGGCCAAUGCCCAGAACGUCUUCGUGGACACCGUGGACGACUUGAUGGCCGUGGACGUGACCACUACCCAGCGCCUGCUGGGACUCUUCAACUAUGAUCACAUACAGUACCGCAUGGAGACGGCGGAGGACAGCCCCCAGCCCUCGCUGGAGCAGAUGACGCGCAAGGCCAUCGAGUACAUGAGCCAGAGCGAGCAGGGCUACUUCCUGUUCAUCGAGGGCGGUCGCAUCGACCAGGCCCAUCACAAGAACAUGGCACGCAUGGCCCUCAACGAGACGAUUGAGUUCUCCAAAGCGAUUGCCGCCGCCCAGGAGCUGACCAACGAAGAGGACACCCUGCUGGUGGUCACUGCCGAUCACUCGCAUGUGUUCAGCUAUGCAGGAUAUGGGUACCGCGGCGAAGACAUCUUUGGCAAGGCACCCGUGAACGGAAACGAUGGAAAACCCUAUAUGGUCCUGAGCUAUGCCAACGGUCCCAGCUACGAGAAUUUCUACGACACGGAGACGAAGGAGCGCAGGGAUCCCACCACCGUGGUGACGGGCGCCCACGACGACCAGUUCCCCUCGGGCGUGCCUAUGUACGAUGAUUCGCACGGCGGCGAUGAUGUGGCCGUCUAUGCUGUGGGUCCCUGGUCGCAUCUGUUCACCGGCGUCUACGAGCAGAGCACCAUCCCCCACCUGAUGGCCUAUGCCGCCUGCCUGGGCGAGGGACACACCAUGUGCAGCACGUAGUGGCAGGAUGGGAGGAAUAGGGAUCGGGAUGGCAUGCCGCCUGCCCAUAACAAUUAAGUUUGAAGCUCAUUAAAUCCAGCGAGCGGCAUGGCAUUUGUAUUUGCAUUCGCCUGCACUCGAGUUGAUUAUGCGAACGCAGACUGCAAAUUGAAUUAAAGCGAAAUGCCAGGAAAACUCUCCUCCGA